UUUGUUUUACUAACAGUAUUCUCUCAAGUCAAAAUAUUUUCAGGAGUCAAUUACUACUUAAAAGUAAAACUUUUUACCAUGGAUAUUAAACAUAAUAACUGGAUUCCUGGAAACUUUAAGAGUGUCCCCAAUACUGGACAUACAGCACAUGAUAUUGUACAACAUGGUUGGACACCAAUCACAACUACUACUUCGGUUCUUGGUGUUGUCUUUGACUCUGGUGUAGCUUUGGCUGCAGAUACACUUACAUCAUAUGGUUCAAUGGCAUGUUUCCAGAAUAAUCCCAGAAUAUUGACGGUAAAUCAAAAUAUUAUUGUAGCUGCAGCGGGUGAAUAUUCUGAUUAUCAAUUUAUUCGAGAUGUUGUUGAAGAUAAAGUGAGGACUGAAAAGAGUCUUAAUGAUGGAAUAUCAAUGAAACCAAAAGCUUUACAUACUUGGUUGUCUCGUGUAUUGUACAACCGCAGGACUAAGAUGAAGCCUCUCUGGUCCACAUUCUUAGUGGCUGGAAUCCAAAAUGAUGUUCCCUUUUUGGGUGAAAUCGAUAAGUUAGGAACUGCAUUUAUAGAUGAUCAAAUUGCUAGUGGCUAUGGUGCAUAUCUUGCAUUACCAUUGAUGCGAAAAGCUAUUGAUGAAAAACGUGAAAAAUUCAAUUCUAAACUAACAAAAGAUGAAGCUAUCAAUUUGCUUAAAAAUUGCAUGGAAGUAUUGUAUUACAGAGAUGCGAGAAGCCACGAUAAAUAUCAAAUUGGUAUUAUUACCAAAGAUUCUGUUGAAGUACAAAAUCUCGUGUUGAAGCCAAGAUGGGAAAUUGCCAAGCUGGUACAAGGAUACGAAUAAACUGUUGGAAGUCUUAUAUAACAUACAAUUUUGUCUUAUCAUUAUUUUGAAAUAAGGAUCACGUUUAUAAAGGGAUUCAUUUUUUUUUUUG